AUGGAUGCCAUUCUUCACAGGGGAAAGCUUGAUAACUGCUCAUCAAUUGUAUCAAAGUUGGUUGCUGAUGACAUGGAAAGCACUACCUAUGAAGGGAUGGGCUAUAAAGGCCACAUGAGGGGUCAUACUGUGUUAGCCACUAGUUAUAGUAGGGAUACUGUUCCAUCUCUUGAGAGUUUUUGCACUCAGUGUUGUCUGGCUCAUACCGAUGUCAUUAAGGGUCAUAGGAGGCAAAACUUGCUAAAGACCAAACACGAUCAGAGGUAUGAUAGCUUUCGGAGAGCCAAAAUACUCAAGGGUGCGACACCUACUAGAGAGCAAAAAUGCUCAUACGAUGAGGUGGAGUGUCCUGUAUUAAUUGUUGGUGCAUGUUAUAUUUCACCACUUGAAGCUUGUCUGCUCCAGUACCUGCAUAAUAUGGCUCAAGAGGGGACUUCUAAUCCUCAAUCAUCAAAGCAAGAUAAGGAUACUAAUCCUGCUGAAGGAUCUAGUGAACUAGAGGAGAGUAACAAGAAUACUCCUCAAUCAUUGAAGGCUAAAUCUAAAAUUGGUAAGAAAUUCAAGGGUGCUAAGUUCAAGACCAUGAUAAAUACAGGUUCUCAACAGAUUGGGGGAAAGAGAAGGCUUAUAAAGAACAAAAAAGUAGUGGGCGAUAGUGAUGAACUGCCUAAAGAAAAGCCUGAGAGGAAUGGAAAGAAUAUUGAGAAGGAAAGUCAAAAUAGGAUCAUUAUUAAUGACAGAAGUCCUAUUGAGAAGAGCCAUCGGGCUGAAAAAAAUAAGGUCAUUAAGGUGGAUAAGCGUGAACAGAAGCGAAAGAAUUCAGAGUCUGACAAGGGUACUGGGAGUAGAAUAAGCAAAAAUAAGCAUGAAGGCACGGAUAAUAUUGAUUCCAGUGAAAAACAGCGAGAAAAAUUUGCUGGUUUCAUCUUUAUGUGCAGUGGGAAGACAAAGCCCGACUGUUUCCACUAUCGUGUCAUGGGUGUUUCAGCUACUAAGAAAGAUGUUGUUUUAAGUAUCAAGCCUGGGACUAAGCUUUUUCUUUAUGAUUUUGAUCUGAGGCUGUUGUAUGGGAUUUACAAAGCUUCAUCUUCUGGUGGUAUGAAACUCGAACCCCGAGCUUUUGGUGGUAGCUUUCCUGCUCAGGUGCGGUUCAAUAUUGUUUCUGACUGUUUCCCGCUACCAGAGAGCAUUUUCAAAAAGGCGAUCAAGGAAAAUUACAAUGAGAAGCAUAAGUUUAAAACAGAACUUACUGCUCGACAAGUUAGGAAGCUCACUGAACUUUUUAGGCCAGUGGAUGUUCGUUCAGGCUUGCAGCCUGUCCGAUCGCCUCCAAAAGCAAUAAUUCAUGAUAGAGAUGCUAUUGAUGAGGUUAGGGGAUCAUCAUUGUCCCAUUUGCAUAGGGAAAGCGAUCCCCUAAUUGAACGGCGAGAUGUUCCUCGUGAUUUAUUUCUUACUGAGAAGAGUUACCGGGCUUAUGGUCUCCAAGGAGAUAGAAGGAAUGUGAUACCGGCCUCUCAUGUUAAUACCACCCUGGAUCCUUAUGAGAGGGAUUAUGAAAGAGACCUUCAUCAUGUGGACCCUCUCUACCCUUCUCACAGAGAAAAAUUUCAUGCCAGCCAUCGCCAUUUGAAUGAGAACGAACACCAUACCUAUUUGCGUGGUGGAAUUUCUGACCACGCAGAUGAUCCUUAUCACCCAUAUCGCUACCGUGCUUCACCAAGGGAUCCAUAUUUGCCACCUAGAGAGGAAAUCACUUCAAGCUCUUAUUUGGCCGGGGGAAGAAGCUUGAUUCGAAGUGAAAGCUUACAAAGGAGAGAACCUGUGCAGGAUAGACUUUACUCCACAUAUUCUGCUGCCGAUGCUUUGUCUGAAUACAAUAGGAUGCAGCACUAUCAAGAGAGUUUGGAAGCUACAGCUGUGCCUGAUCCGUUUGGACACUUUGAUUCGGAAAUGGUGGUGGCAAGCCCAUGGACAACAUUUGUUGAGUUGGAAUUGGAGCCAACAAAAGAUAGCAACUUUAUUCCCAAGACAUUUACACCAGCUACUAAGGAAUCAGAUGCAUAUCAGAAUUUGAUGCACUGA